CUGUGCACAAUUAUGGCGCAAUCGACUGCACUGCCACGUGAGGCUGGUGGCGCUGACUCUUGCAAGCAGUUUCUUCGAGGCGCAGAAAAAAAUACAUCGCCAGUCGCGCUCCAUCCUCUUCCCCAUCUUUCCACUUUCCAGGCAUCCGCAUACACUGCAACGGAAAAAGGAACAAUACAGCAAAGAAUCAACAAUGACGUCGCCUAAAUACAUCAACUCCGAGCUGUCGAAUCAGUUCCAGAACGCGGUGAAGAUGAGCACUUCGCCCUCGGCUUCUUUCAUGCCGGGCGGGUCUCCCAGUCAAUUCGCUGGCUCGCCGCCGUCGUCGUACUUCCCUGCUGCUGCGAGCCGUCGCGCGUCGAUGAAGACGCCGGCGCCGAAGCUGCUCAAGCCGUUUGCGACUGAGGAUAUCAAGAUCUUGCUGCUGGAGAACGUGAACCAGGCUGCGGUUGAGAUGCUCCAGUCUCAGGGCUACCAGGUUGAGUUCCACAAGACUUCAUUAAACGAGGACGAGCUCAUUGAGAAGAUCAGGGACGUUCACGCUAUUGGUAUUCGCUCAAAGACCAAGCUGACAGCGAGGGUGAUGGCAGAGGCGCGUAACCUCGUCGUCAUUGGCUGCUUCUGCAUUGGCGUCAACCAGGUUGACCUCGAAUGGGCCGCCAAGCACGGAAUCGCGGUUUUCAACUCGCCGUUCUCGAACUCGCGAUCGGUUGCCGAGCUAGUGAUUGGCGAGAUCAUUGCGCUCGCCCGUCAGUUCACCGACCGCUCCAACGAGCUCCACCAGGGAAUCUGGAACAAGGUCAGCGCUGGAUGCUGGGAGAUCCGUGGCAAGACACUCGGAAUCGUGGGCUACGGACACAUUGGUGCGCAGUUGUCUGUCUUGGCCGAGUCGAUGGGCAUGUCUGUAGUGUACUACGACGUCCUGCCGAUUAUGUCGCUCGGCAUGGCGAAGCAGGUCAACACGCUCGACGAGCUGUGCAGGGAGGCCGACUUUGUGACUUUGCACGUGCCUGCCCUGCCAGAGACCGAGAACAUGAUCAGCGCGCCGCAGUUGGCAGCGAUGAAGAACGGCAGCUAUCUGAUCAAUUGCUCGCGCGGCACUGUUGUCGAUAUCCCGGCGCUGAUUGACGCGAUGAAGACGGGCAAGCUUGCGGGUGCGUCGCUGGAUGUGUACCCGAACGAGCCGGCGAAGAACGGCCCGUACUUUGACACUGCGCUGAACGCGUGGUUCGAGCCGCUGAGCAAGCUCAAGAACUUGAUUUUGACGCCGCAUAUCGGUGGCAGCACCGAGGAGGCGCAGUCGGCGAUCGGUGUCGAGGUCGGCCAGGCGCUGAUCAAGUACAUCAACGAGGGCAGCACGAUCGGCGCGGUGAACUUCCCCGAGGUGUCGCUUCGCUCGCUGACGCUCGAGGACGAGAACCAUGUGCGCGUGCUGUACGUGCACUCGAACGUGCCCGGUGUGCUCCGCACCGUCAACGAGAUCUUUGCCGAGCACAACAUCGACAAGCAGUUUUCCGAGUCGCGGGGCGACAUCGCGUACUUGAUGGCCGAUAUCUCGGGCGUCAAUGCCGAGGACAUCCGCGAGCUGUACGACAAGCUCGAGCGAACGCCGUUCAAGAUCUUGACGCGUCUGCUGUACUAAGCGUGAGGAGAGCGUGUAGAUAGGAGAGGGAGAGUGAGAGAGUAAAAAGGAAAGAGGGUGUAUGAGAUUACUACGGAUUUGUGUUUGUUUUUGGACAAAAGACAAAAAAAGGGAGGGAUUGGAUGGUAUUAUGUCGAUAGAGAUAUCUCUCUGUUGUUGUUAAUUUAGUAGAUUCGGUAUAUAUAUAAGUGAUUGUCAAAAAGACGAAUAAAAGUUGAACUGUUUGUUUCUGCAAAAUCAUUGUUGAUGGUUGACAAAACGAGUG